UCUCUCUCUCUCUCUCUCUCUCUCUCUCUCUCUCUCUCUCUCUCUCUCUCUCUCUCUCUAACACACAAAAAAAAAAUAUGCUUUUUGGUUUCUUCUUUUUCUGUUUCACAGCUUUGGCUUUGAAGUCACGAGCCCAUCCCCUAACCUUUCCCUUUUAUUUAUUUGUUUGCUUUUCUAGUCAAUUUAAUUUAUGAGUUGUAAGUUGUAACACGAUGAAAGAAGUUUCAUUUAUCUAGCUAAUGUGUAUGCCUCAUUAAUGUUGCUUUCUUCCUAUAUUGCAAAAGCUAGUUCGAAUUGAACAAGAAGACGACGUGUUAAAUCAAAAGAAUACAUAGAUCACUCGGUUAUGGUAGAUAGAAUUCUAAUAAUAAAAAUCAUAGAUCACCCAAAUACUCAAUGGCAAUUGGUUCACUCACAGCGUACGUCAUCUUAAACCACAUUUGAUUCACUCAAAUGGGUAUUACCAACAGGGUUGAUAUCUAUUUCAGGAAAAACAAUUGAAUGCCAUAACAAUGAAAACAGUAAUAUAUCUUUAGAUAAAUUCUGUCUACACCUCUUGAGCUUCUUUUCACUUCCCUAUCACGAGACUUAAAAAUUGAAGGAAUUAAGUUAAUAAGUAUAAUUCUUAAGUUUUAUUUUUAAAUAUUCGUGUAUAUGACUGGAGUGUACAGUUACUAAUCUUUUUUAGAAGUAAAAAGACCAUUUGUUUUUUUUGUCUUGAGGUGUAAAUCUAGAUCUAUAUUUGCCUAAGAUGUACUCCCUCCGUUUUUUAAUAUAAGUCGUUUUAGAGAAAUUUUUAUGUUCCAAAUUAUAUGACGUUUUCGGUUUUCUAUGUAAAAUUUAUUAACACUUAAUGUUAUAUAACCAAUGAUAAUAUAUCUUCUAUUUUAUUAUUGGUUGAUUUGUGGUUAGGUAAAUAUUUAAUGAUGUUUUUGUUUAGAAAAUAUAAAAAUUUUAAUCUGAAAAUUAUAUGUUAAAAUAGAAUUUAGAAUAUCCGCUGCCCUCAUAUACAUAUUAUUCAAUAUAUAGUAGAGUUAGAGGACAGAGAGGGAAAAGGAAUGAUGGAUACAAGCAUCCAAAAAGUCAUACAUACAAACCUUCAAAAGUCUUCACCUUAAAUUCCGAACACAUAUAUGUGUUAGUGUGUGAUCUUUGAUUGAACUUUGUCCAGAGACUCAAAGAUAGACCAAAAAGGUUCAGACCCCAAAACAAAUACAAGAAAACAGCCAAAAAGCUAGAGACCAAGAUGAGAUCAAGCAGCCAAAGUUCUGAAAACUCCAAGACUUGUCCAUCUAACAAUUUCAAAGCAACUACCAAGAAAGAAGACAACAAAGAUGAUGAGAACAAGGAUGAAGAAGCGAGAUCAGUAGAUCAGAGCCCAUCGAACAAUAGCUAUGUAGAAGAGAGUGGGAGUCACCAUCAUAAUAAAGAUCAGAUCAAGAAAAAUGGUGGAUCUGUGAGGCCGUACAACCGCUCAAAGACUCCAAGGCUGAGAUGGACACCUGAGCUCCAUCUCCGCUUCCUUCAAGCUGUGGAGAAAUUGGGUGGACCAGAUAGAGCAACACCGAAGCUUGUUCUUCAAUUGAUGAACGUCAAGGGGCUAUGUAUUGCUCAUGUUAAGAGCCAUCUUCAGAUGUACAGAAGCAAGAAGACUGAUGACCCAAAUCAAGGAAAUCAAGGAUUUUCGUUUGAACACGGAGCUGGUUACACUUACAACCUUGGCCAACUUCCAAUGCUACAAAGUUUUGACCAAAGGCCUUCUACUAGUUUAGGAUACGGUGGCGGUUCAUGGACGGACCAUAGACGCCAGGUCUACCGUAGCCCUUGGAGAGGCUUAACAGCACGAGACAGUACAAGAACAAGACCCACACUGUUUAGCUCACAGUCUGGCGAGAGAUUUCGUGAAGUUAGUAAUAGUAUUCUUGAUGAUACGAAUAAAACUAUUUCGUUUCGAAUCAAUUCUCAUGAAGCUGCUAGAGCGAGCAAUGGAGUAGGUGAAUCAGUUCCAAGUAUUCAUAGAAGCUUUCUUGAAGGUAUGAAAACGUUAAGUAAAUCAUGGGGACAAAGCCUCUCCUCCAAUCCUAAUUCUUCGACCGCAUCAGGGCCACAAGAUCAUAUUGAUACCAUAUUAAGUUCUAAUCAAAGGGAAAAUCCUAGAGUGGCAGAAGAAACGGAGAAUGUUUUGAAAAGGAAAAAGUUGUUACUGUCAGAUGAUUGCAAUAAGUCGGUCCAAGAUUUGGAUCUAAGCUUGUCCCUUAAGGUACAUCGGACUCACAACAACCUUGGAGACUGCUUGAUAGAAGAUGAAGAAAAAGAACUUGACGAUCAUGAGGAUAUCAAGGGUUUGUCUCUUUCAUUAUCUUCGUCGAGUUCAUCAAAACUCGGUCGAGACAUUAGGCAAGAAGUUCAAAAUGAUCCUAAAAAGAGAAAGAUUUCGGUCUUGGUAAGUCCCCUUGAUCUCACUUUAUGAAUAUAUAACAACAUAUAUAUACGUAUAUUCUAAGUGAGAUCUUGAGGUACUUGUUGAUGGAAGACGGUUCUUUGUUGUUUAUCAUUCGUUAAAUACUUGUGACAAGACCCAUAACUAAGGUAAUAAUAGAUACAUUUUUAAAACGUUGUUCUGGUCCUUUUUCCCAUAUAAUUUUGUCGAGAUGUUAAAUGCUUAUUUAAAUAUAAAUGUUUGUGAUCGAGUUGUGAACAGAGAUUCGUUUUAUCCUGAAUAGUAACCAAUAAAAAUGAUUAGUGAGUCUA